GCGACCAAUGGGGACGCAGGAGGAGCUGCUGGUGUUUAUCUGGUCCAAUGGGCCGCUAGAGUUCAUCGACGCCAGCGACGCCCUCCAGCCCUUCAGACAAUACCAGUACAGAGUACAUGCCCACAACUCCCGGGGCUCUGCUCACAGCCAAUGGGCUUCAGCUGUCACCAUGGAGGCGGGUCCAGAGGACAUUGCUCCUCCUAUUGUCACACCGACGAGUGAGUGAGAGAUGAACGAGAGGGAGGGAAGAAAAUGUGAUGUUUCACUUAUGUUAUUCUCACUGUGUGUGUAAUAUCUGCAGGUGCGUACUCAGUACAGUUGAACUGGACACAGCCUGGACAACCCAAUGGAAGGAUUUCACAGUAUCACCU